CUAGUUGAUGCUUUUUAAAAUACAGAGCAUUUAAGUAAAAAUUGCCAGUAUCCAAUAAUCAGAAAUAUCCAAAUGGCAUAUAUAAAACACCAUUUUGCUUGUUUCAGAUGCUUUAUGCAAAGCCACUUAUUCCUUAUUAACAAAAAGUUCUAGAUGUAACAUAUUUGAAAAGUAUCACUAUUUGGAAGACUAAUUUCUCCUUCAAGCUAGAAAUGUUUUAAACUAAAACUCUGAUAUGGUCCUUAAGCUAUUUGGUUAAUGUGUAAUUUUAGAAUCUCAAAAAACAGAUACAGCAUGAAAAAUGAAAAUUCACUCAUUCAAAUACUUUGAUUCUAAACGAAGCAGGUUAUCUUUUAAGGUCACUACUAUUAGGGUAUAAUAUGACAUACACUACACGUAAUAAAAGUCAAUUCUGACCAAAAAUCUAUAUAUAUGAGGGGAAUAAAAAUAGUAAGGAAAUGUACCAAAAUAUAGACUAGUUGGUAGAGCUUUGGGUGCUAUUUAUCCUGUUUUCCUCUAUUAAAAACUUUUUUUUCUAUUAUGAAUGUAUAUUGAUUUGUCUUUGGAAAUAGUACUGCUAAAACAUUUAAAAUUUUUAAUUAGAUGUGGUCUAUAGUCCUAUGGGGGCUCAUUUAAUGUAUCAGCAACUUACAGUCUACUGGCUCGAUCCUACAAAAGAAACACUUCCACAGGCCUACUCCUGAAACUAUUCAAACUUUCCAGCAUCUAGUGUUCACUAAAGGAUGGCAGAAUUGAAGCCUCUGAGCAAAGCCUAGAUAUGUUAGCUGCCAGCAGAUUACUUUCCUCUCAUCUUGCUUGAAAAUUUAAGAUAACUGUCCUUUAUGAUUAAAGCCUUACCAUUGCUGGCUCACAACCUCAAUAAACUGCACUGACACACAUAAGGGUAUAAAAUGCAAAUACAAAAAAAAAAAAAACAAGUAGCAAAAAACACUACUGACAGUUUAAUGUUCAUAGGUAUUAUUUCAAUUGGUCACUGAAGAAGAGUAUUUAUCUUCAUUCAGCACUAAGGACAAAAUACAUGGACUUUUACAAUCUUUAUAAGGGGAAAGGUUGCUUAGUAGACUUCAGGUUUAAUGGUGAAGACUAGAAAAUAAUCAUACCUAGGAGGUUAGUAAGUAACAACCCUCAAAGCUUAUCAUUAAAGGUCAAGUACCUGUUGAAAUCCUGCCCCCACCCAAUGACUCUUCCCACUGUGCCUACUGCCUCUGAUUUUAACCCAUUAAAAGAAUAAAGCCGGAGAGAGCGAGAGUACGAAGUGCGGCAACCCGAGUCAUGGCAGGACAGGCAUUUAGAAAGUUUCUUCCCCUCUUUGACCGAGUAUUAGUUGAAAGAAGUGCACCCGAAGUUGUAACCAAAGGAGGCAUUAUGCUUCCAGAAAAAUCGCAAGGAAAAGUAUUGCAAGCAAUGGUAGUAGCUGUUGGAUCAGGCUCUAAAGGAAAGGGUGGAGAGAUUCAACCAGUUAGUGUGAAAGUUGGAGAUAAAGUUCUUCUCCCAGAAUAUGGAGGCACCAAAGUAGUUCUAGAUGACAAGGAUUCUUUCUUAUUUAGAGAUGGUGACAUUCUUGGAAAAUAUGUCGACGAAAAUAAGUCACUAUUGAAAUGGCAUCACGUGAAGCUGCCCGUUCCCCCAAUGGCAUCACGUGAAGCUGCCACUGAAGUUCUGAAAUCUUUCAUCCUGUAAAUAAUUUCCGUGUUUCUUUUAUAAUAAAGUAAUGAUAUCCAAACUAAUGAUAUUCAGUGUCUCUGAAAUUUAGUUUUCUCUGUAUUGAUUUAAACAUUCCCAAAUAAAAGUAUAUAAAUGAAAAAAAAAAAAAG